CGCUCCCCGGGCCCAAAGAUAUGGCAAUGGUAGUUAGCAGCUGGCGAGAUCCGCAGGACGACGUGGCCGGGGGCAACCCCGGCGGCCCCAACCCCGCAGCGCAAGCGGCCCGCGGCGGCGGCGGCGGCGGUGGCGAGCAGCAGCAGCAGGCGGGCUCGGGCGCGCCGCACACGCCGCAGACCCCGGGCCAGCCCGGAGCGCCCGCCACCCCCGGCACGGCAGGGGACAAGGGCCAGGGCCCGCCCGGCUCGGGCCAGAGCCAGCAGCACAUCGAGUGCGUGGUGUGCGGGGACAAGUCGAGCGGCAAGCACUACGGCCAAUUCACCUGCGAGGGCUGCAAAAGUUUCUUCAAGAGGAGCGUCCGCAGGAACUUAACUUACACAUGCCGUGCCAACAGGAACUGUCCCAUCGACCAGCACCACCGCAACCAGUGCCAAUACUGCCGCCUCAAGAAGUGCCUCAAAGUGGGCAUGAGGCGGGAAGCGGUUCAGCGAGGAAGAAUGCCUCCAACCCAACCCAAUCCAGGCCAGUACGCACUCACCAACGGGGACCCCCUCAACGGCCACUGCUACCUGUCCGGCUACAUCUCGCUGCUGCUGCGCGCGGAACCCUACCCCACGUCGCGCUACGGCAGCCAAUGCAUGCAGCCCAACAACAUCAUGGGCAUCGAGAACAUCUGCGAGCUGGCCGCGCGCCUGCUCUUCAGCGCCGUCGAGUGGGCCCGAAACAUCCCCUUCUUCCCGGAUCUGCAGAUCACCGACCAAGUGUCCCUGUUGCGCCUCACCUGGAGCGAGCUGUUCGUGCUCAACGCGGCCCAGUGCUCCAUGCCGCUGCACGUGGCGCCGCUGCUGGCCGCCGCCGGCCUGCACGCCUCGCCCAUGUCCGCCGACCGCGUCGUGGCCUUCAUGGACCACAUCCGCAUCUUCCAGGAGCAGGUGGAGAAGCUCAAGGCGCUGCACGUCGACUCAGCCGAGUACAGCUGCCUCAAAGCCAUCGUGCUGUUCACGUCAGAUGCCUGUGGCCUGUCGGAUGCCGCCCAUAUCGAGAGCCUGCAAGAGAAGUCGCAGUGUGCACUGGAGGAGUAUGUGAGGAGCCAGUACCCUAACCAGCCCAGCCGCUUCGGCAAACUCCUACUGCGACUGCCCUCCCUGCGUACCGUGUCCUCCUCGGUCAUCGAGCAGCUCUUCUUCGUCCGUUUGGUAGGUAAAACCCCCAUCGAAACUCUCAUCCGGGAUAUGUUACUGUCUGGGAGCAGCUUCAACUGGCCUUACAUGUCCAUCCAGUGCUCCUAGACCUUGGGCGCUUCCCACCUGCCCCCACCCCCCUAGAGACUCAGAGGACCGGCGGGGGCCAUGGACUCCAAAGCUUCGGGGACAUCAGGUGGCUGUUGCAGGGUGCAGCCAGGCAGGGGGGAGGUGGGCUGGGCCAACAGGAGCAGCCCACCCUGCAGGAAUGCAACCCGAGCUGCAAACCAGGAGAAAAAGAGACUCUCUUUAGGAUCAGAUCUGUGAACAAGUUGGAAA